AUGUUUGGGGUCGUUGCCGAGUUCUUUGGCCUGAGCGGUAAAGGCUGUUGUGGCACUCCGGGAAACAGUUCCAGCUCAGAUGCAGUCCUUGUCGUGGACAGCUCUGCGUUUGCAGAGGCAGAGGAGGAGGUAAAGACUUUGCCAUCUUCAAAAGCACUUGAAGAUGCUACUGGCAAGACUCCGACCACGACCUGCGGGCUUAGCUUUGGGGAUCCCUCGCCAUCCAGCUGGGGGGCUUCACCAACCUCUCCGGAUGUCGAGGACUUUUGCCUCUCGAAACCCGCAUCCUCUCUAGCUGCAGGUGCUUCAGCGUCGGCCUUCGAGCUUGAGGCUUAUCAGCUCCCUGAGUUGCCAGACAAGGCUCCGCUAGACGAAGAUCAGGUUGUGGUCUUGGGCCUGAUUGCACGCAUGCAGAAGGCCAAGGCGAACCUAGAGGCUUUACGAGAACGAGUUCAGGUGGAGAUCCUCCAGGGUCGAGUUCCUGAGAGCCCGGCUGAAGAACGAGAGCUCGGAUUUUAUGCCACCUCCACGCUGAUGCGUUACUUGUGCAUGCAAGAUGGUGACGUCAACAAGGCGUUCAAGGCUAUGAAAGACACCAUGGAGUGGAGGAAAAAGACCUUCCAUCCAGCGCUCUUUCCACAGAACUCUCGGCUGCCUUGCUGCCGGGCCUGCAUGAGGGAUCCUCUGUCCCACUGCUUCUUAUGUGUUGGCAAGGAUGUUCUUGGCCGUCACGUGAUUUACUCUUGCACUGGGCGUGCCGCCAACAAGACCCCAGAGGAUGGCAUUGAGCACAUGGCAAGUGAGCUGGAGAGGCUCUUCAAGAACUCCACGUUGCCUGGCUCGAUUGCCUGGAUCGUGGACUUCGCAGGCUUUGGCUUUGCAGACUGUAAUCCAAAGAUUGGUGCUCUUGCCUUCCCGAUGUUCGCCAGCCACUACCCAGAGAGAUUUGGGCAGAUCGUGUGUCUCAGCUUACCAUACGCUUUCUAUCCGAUCUAUGCCGCUGCUAGCAAGAUCUUCGACAAGGAGACCAUGGCAAAGGUGAAAAUCCUCAAAGGGGAUAAGGAUUGGAAAAGGUAUGGUGAUGCAUACUGGAGCCACGAUCCGGGGAUGAGGAGAUGGCUGGAUGCGGCCGUGAAAUGCAAGGGAGUGCCCGGAGGCUUCCCUUCCGCAGAGUUCACCCAAGAAUUGCAGCGGACGGAGGCCACGGAGACUUCCAUUAGGAUUUUGGAACGGUGCUCUGCUUUGCCGGCGAAGCACUGA